GGCUGAUGCUCGCACGGAUUGUUGAGUUCCAAUGGCCCGUUCCAAGCUGCAUACCAAUGGCUCGUGCCAAGCUUGGUUGGACAAUCUCUUGUCCACGCAUGGGGGGGUGGCUUCUAAGCUGCAUACCAAGAUCAGUUGGGCUGAUCUGGAGGCGUCGUGGCAUAAGCGGUUCCAAAUAGAGCCGCUGCAACUCAAAGCAAUGGAGAAGUUGUUGACGUUCCAACAGAACACCUUGCCGAGCGACAAUUGGAUUGCCGAGUUCAAACGCUUGGCGUCAACGCUGGACGUACCGAUGGGCUUUAUGGCCGUCAAACACUACUUCAUUUCGAGGUCGUGUUCGACAUUGUCCAACACAUUGACUCAAGUUGUAGACACUCUCACUACAACUGCGGAGCUCUUUGACAAGGCCGCACAUAUCAUCUUCACGAACACGGCGGCCAAGAAACUCAACCGUUCGUCUGCGGCAGGCCCGAGCAGAGAACAGCAUGGACCGAAAGUGGCCGUGGUCACGACGGCAACGCCGAUCGACCCCUUAAGCGAGGCCGCGUCUGCCCACGAGGGGGACAAACUUGCAGCCGACCGGGAUGGUGGCCGCCCCAGCAAAGGYCGAGGACGUGGCAGAUUGAAGACCAACACCACGCCARACCCCCGGCCCGCAAUCGGGAAAGUGAGCACUGCCGGGAGUGAGUCGACGACACUCUCCAUGCCUUUGAAACUGGUUGCUACGCGUGCGACCACCCUUCGUUCCGAGGCACAUGCGGAAGUCGAUAGUCCUCCUAUCUUAUAUUCUUAUGAGGACUAUGCUGCCCGGCUCGUUCCUACGCCGGGUACUGAUCCUCAAGGACAAUACGUGUGUGCGGUAUGUUCUCCGUCUGGCAACGACGACUUAUCGUCUUCAAGUGGGUCUUCACGGGAUUCGGCGCGCGAGCUCGACAUAGAGGUAUUGGACCCGCUCACGUCCAAGGAUUUCGCAUGGCUUCCUCUCCCAACCACGGGCCGUUUGCCGGUACCGCCAUGGGCAACACUGUGUGCUCAUCUUCACACGUACUUAUCCUUCUAUGCACYACCAACUUCGUGGACGGAUGACGAAGUUGAGGUGGGGGAUAUCCUUGCGUAUGUUACCAAGGUGGCCCGCGAGUUUCGCACACAAYGGUACGAUGACAACAACGCACCGCUCCUCUAUGUCCGCAUCCAAGUUGGGCAAGCGUCCUGCAUCGCUUUGCUGGAUAGCGGCGCGACACGCAAUUUCACGAGCGAAGCCUUUAUGCAAAGGGCUGACCUUGGCGCACAAGUUCGGAGGAAGGCAAACCCGACGACGGUCAAGUUGGCAGACGGAAUGACGCAACAACUUAUCGACCGCUACAUCGAGGUCGUUCCGGUAUAUUUCGCACCCCAUGCAUGCGAACCGGUGACGUUCGACAUCUUGGACACAAACUUCGAUAUCAUUUUGGGAUUGCCUUGGGUUGCAAGUGCGGAUCACACCGUCAACUUCCAUCGUCGGACUCUUACCGUCCGCGAYGCSUUUGGCGCCGAAGUGUUGUGUAUUAUUCCUCUUUCACACCCUACGRUCYGGUGCCAAGUGGUGACCACCAAGUUGUUCCGGGCUACUUGUGCUUACGAGCAGCCCGACGAGAUAGGCCUAUGUUUCUUACGGACCAUCGCGGUAGCCGACUCUUCACCCAUGGAAUUGUCUUCGGACCCUCGUGUGGUGCGGUUGCUCGACGAGUUCACCGACAUCUUUGAGUCACCUACCGGUGUGGUGCCGGACCGGGCGAUCUCUCACAAAAUCAUUCUUGAGGCCGGUGCCGUGCCGUCGAAUAGUUGUAUCUAUCACUUGAGCGAGGAGGAGCUCACGGUCCUCCGUGCACAACUCGACGACUUGUUGGACAAGGGCUGGAUCUGCCCUAGUAGCUCCCCCUAUGGAGCACCAGUUCUUUUCGUACGAAAGGACAAGGAUCUACGAUUGUGCAUCGAUUACCGGAAGCUCAACGCGCAAACCGUCAAGAAUGUGGGGCCUCUUCCUCGUAUUGACGAUCUUCUUGAUCGAUUGGGCGGCGCGAAGUACUUUUCCAAGUUGGACUUGAAGUCGGGCUAUCAUUAGAUUUCUAUACGCCCAAAUGAUCGCUAUAAAUCCGCGUUCAAGAUGCA